AUGGAAUGGUGUCCUGCCAGUGUAAAAGUUUUACAUGUAUAUAACUACUGUACCAGCGUGCACCAGUCUAACCAGGCCAGGGGUGCUGGCAUCCCCCCCUCCAAACCCAACAAGAAAACACCCACACCUGGUGGGGCACAGUUUGUUGGACUUGAACUCUACAAAAGACUCAAAGAGUUUCUGAGGAGCUACCUGACGAACCUUCUCAAGGAUGGAGAGGACCUGAUGGAUGAGAGCGUUCUGAAGUUCUACACGCAGCAGUGGGAGGACUAUCGCUUCUCCAGUAAAGUUUUAAAUGGGAUCUGUGCUUACCUCAACAGACACUGGGUGCGCCGAGAGUGUGAUGAGGGCCGGAAAGGAAUUUAUGAAAUCUACUCGCUUGCUUUGGUCACUUGGAGAGAGUGUUUGUUCAGACCUCUAAACAAGCAGGUGACAAAUGCUGUGUUAAAACUCAUUGAGAAGGAGAGAAAUGGCGAGACUAUAAACACCAGACUCAUCAGUGGAGUGGUGCAGUCCUACGUUGAGUUGGGCUUGAAUGAGGAUGAUGCGUUUGUGAAGGGGCCGACAUUAUCAGUUUACAAGGAGUACUUUGAGACACAGUUUUUGGCUGACACAGAGCGCUUCUAUACACGGGAAAGCACAGAGUUCCUCCAGCAAAACCCUGUUACCGAAUACAUGAAAAAGGCAGAGGCACGGUUGCUGGAGGAGCAGCGGCGGGUACAGGUGUAUCUCCACGAGAGCACACAAGACGAGCUGGCUCGCAAGUGUGAGCAGGUCCUCAUCGAGAAACACCUGGAGAUCUUCCACACGGAGUUCCAGAACCUUCUAGAUGCUGAUAAGAAUGAAGAUCUUGGUCGGAUGUAUAACCUUGUUUCCCGGAUUACGGACGGAUUGGGCGAGCUCAAGAAACUCUUGGAGUCCCACAUUCAUAAUCAAGGGCUGGCUGCUAUCGAGAAGUGUGGAGAUUCAGCGCUCAAUGAUCCCAAAAUGUACGUGCAGACAAUCUUGGAUGUUCACAAGAAAUACAAUGCUCUCGUCAUGUCUGCAUUCAAUAACGAUGCUGGGUUUGUGGCAGCACUCGAUAAGGCCUGUGGAAGAUUCAUUAAUAAUAAUGCGGUAACAAGGAUGGCACAGUCCUCUAGCAAAUCUCCUGAGCUUCUGGCCAGAUACUGUGACUCCUUACUGAAGAAGAGUUCAAAGAAUCCAGAGGAGGCUGAGCUAGAAGAUACUCUCAACCAAGUGAUGGUGGUUUUUAAGUAUAUUGAGGAUAAAGACGUGUUCCAGAAGUUCUAUGCCAAGAUGCUGGCCAAAAGACUGGUGCACCAGAACAGUGCCAGCGACGACGCCGAGGCCAGCAUGAUCUCCAAACUGAAGCAAGCAUGUGGUUUCGAGUACACCUCCAAACUACAGCGCAUGUUUCAGGACAUCGGCGUCAGCAAAGACUUGAAUGAGCAAUUCAAAAAGCACCUUUCCAACUCGGAGCCUUUGGACUUGGAUUUCAGUGUCCAGGUUCUGAGCUCUGGCUCGUGGCCGUUCCAACAGUCUUGCACAUUCGCUUUACCAUCUGAGUUGGAGCGGAGUUACCAAAGAUUUACAGCUUUUUAUGGAAGUAGACACAGCGGGCGGAAGUUGACAUGGCUUUACCAGCUAUCCAAAGGGGAGCUGGUCACCAGCUGCUUCAAGAACAGAUACACUCUGCAGGCCUCCACCUUCCAGAUGGCCAUCCUGCUCCAGUUCAACACAGAGAACAGCUACACUGUCCAGCAACUGGCCGACAGCACACAGAUCAAAAUAGAUAUUUUGGUUCAGGUCUUGCAAAUCCUGUUGAAAUCAAAGUUGCUGGUCUUGGAAGAUGAGAAUGCAAACAUAGAUGAAAUGGAUUUCAAGCCUGAUACAUUAAUCAAACUUUUCUUGGGCUAUAAGAAUAAGAAGUUACGGGUGAAUAUCAAUGUGCCAAUGAAGACGGAGCAGAAACAAGAGCAGGAGACGACACACAAGAAUAUUGAGGAAGACAGAAAGCUCCUCAUACAGGCAGCUAUCGUGAGAAUUAUGAAGAUGAGGAAAGUUUUAAAGCACCAGCAGCUUUUGGCCGAAGUGCUGAACCAACUUUCCUCACGAUUCAAACCUCGUGUUCCUGUCAUCAAGAAAUGCAUUGAUAUUUUGAUAGAGAAGGAAUACCUGGAACGUGUGGAUGGGGAAAAAGACACUUAUAGUUACUUGGCAUAACAAUGUCCUCUGAUGUCCUUAGAUAUUUGAGGAAUAAAAACAGAGCGGAGCCAGACAAACAGAGGAUUCUCUCAAAGAUCUCAAGGCAUCGUUGCCGAGUAGGACAAUGUGACACUGGACUUUUCCCUUUAAACCCAGACUGCUAAAGCGGCCAGUCUUCUUCAUGCCCUUAAGCUGCUCAGGAUUGCCAUUUACUUUUUAAUGUGUAAAUAUUGGACAUUGAACUAUGCUCAUAGUGGGACCCAGAGUCAGGGUUGCAUGCUAAUGCCUAUCAUUAUGAAAAUUACAAAAUGCUGAUUAAGUUAAAUUACUUUUGGAAAACUGACAGAUUAAAAAAAAAAAGGCUGUUGGUUGCAGACAGAAAUACCUAGAGGUAAGAGCGCUCUGAGAAUAAUCAUUUCUGAUUGGCUGUUUAGAGCUGCAUUGUUACUAGCCACGAGAACACCAUUUGUAUAGUGCAGUUCAUUUUAUAAAUGUCAUGAAUAAACGUAAUUUUUCUUUA